AGGUAAGUCAAGGUAAACAGAAAACACCAUUCUAUUGAACUCUAUUCCAAGUGGAGGCCGUGAGAGAAAUCCAAAAGACACAUGGUACUGUCAGGAAGACAACGUCUUACAAAGCCUCUCAAAAUCAGUUGAACAACAUGAACUAAACCUGAAAGGUAUCACACGAACUAGUCAAACCAGCUCAGAACAACAGCUCUUGUGGUAUGAUCCAAUGGUUUUCUUCCUCAUUCCCUGUCAAAACUUUAAGAGAAUAAAAGAUUGUUUGUUUUUUUCUUCCUCAUAAUAUGUCUUUUAUCAUGGUGGAAACACAGGAUACAUAAAUAGAUCUGUUCAACAGAUUGGAAAAGACACUAUGUCUCUAAUAAAUGCUGAAGAAGAUGCUGAUCACAGCAGCAUUUGUGAUGAAGAGAAAAUUUCUGAGGAGAGAUCACAUUCACCUGUUCCCAGUGUUUUGUCUCUGAAAAGUGACAAAUCAAUGAACAUGCCAGUUCACUUAAAAGUUGGAGGUUCUUUGUUUGACCAAAGUUCUGAUGAGAGAUCAGAUAGUGUUCAGGAGAUAUUACAUUCACCUGUUCAUAGUGUUUUGUCUAUGAAGACUGACAGUGAAAUGCAAAUACCAGAAAAUAGUCAACCACACCAGAGACAUGAUCCACAAACACAUCAGCUAAACAUCCACAAAAGAAUGAAAUCAUACAUUAAAAUGAGACAUCAGUAUGUAUUUGAAGGAUUGGUGAAGCAGAGAAACUCGACACUCCUGAAUAAGAUCUACACAGAGCUCUACAUCACAGAGAGUGAAAGUGGAGAGAUCAGUAAUGAACAUGAGGUGAGACAGAUUGAGACACAAUCCAGGAGAACAACAACAGAGGAUACACCAAUCAAAUGCAAUGAGAUCUUUAAACCUUUACCGGGACAAGACAAACCCAUCAGAACUGUGCUGACAAAGGGAGUCGCUGGCAUUGGAAAAACAAUCUCUGUGCAGAAGUUCGUUCUGGACUGGGCUGAAGGGAAAGCAAAUCAGGACGUCCACCUCAUAUUUCCACUUCCUUUCAGGGAGCUCAAUUCGCUGAAGGACAAAAAACUGAGUCUUUCAGAUCUUCUUCAUGUCUUCUUCCCAGAAACAAUGGAAAUGGACAUUUCCAGUGAUAAAUAUAAAGUUUGCUUAAUUUUUGAUGGUCUGGAUGAGUGUCGUCUGUCUCUGGAUUUUCAGAGCAAUGUGAGGUUGUGUGAUGUAUGUGAAUCAUCCUCAAUGGACGUGCUGCUGACAAACCUCAUGAAGGGGAAUCUGCUUCCCUCUGCUCUCAUCUGGAUCACCUCCAGACCAGCAGCAGCUAAUCUCAUCCCCUCUGAGUCUGUUGAUCGAGUGACAGAGGUACGAGGCUUCAAUGAGCCACAGAAGGAGGAAUACUUCAGGAAGAGAAUCAGUGAUCAGAGUCUGGCCAAUAGAAUCAUCACACACCUGAAGUCAUCAAGGAGCCUCUAUAUCAUGUGUCACAUCCCAGUGUUCUGCUGGAUUUCAGCCACCGUUCUAGAGAGAAUGUUGAGUGAAGCAGAGAGUAGAGAGAUCCCCAAGACUCUCACUCAAAUGUAUACACACUUCCUGAUCAUUCAGACAAACAUCAAACAUAAGAAGGACUAUGAAAAGAAAGUGGAAGAUGAAGACAUGAUCCGCAAACUAGGGAAAAUGGCUUUUCAGCAGCUUGUGAGAGGCAAUGUGACCUUCUAUGAGGAAGACCUAAGAGAGUGUGGCAUUGAUGUGACAGAAGCAUCAGUGUACUCAGGAUUGUGCACUCAGAUCUUCAGAGAGAAGUCUGGCUUGUAUCAGGGGAAAGUGUACUGCUUUGUACAUCUGAGCAUUCAGGAACACCUUGCAGCUCUAUAUGUGCACCUCUCCUUUCACAACAGCAACAAAAAUGUGCUUGAUCAGGGAGAAGAUCAUGAAUCAGAAAUUCCUGUGACAUUGUCGAACUUACACAAGUGUGCAAUUGAUAAAGCCUCACACAAUAAAAAUGGACAUCUUGAUCUCUUUCUUCGCUUCCUCAUGGGACUUUCACUGGAGUCAAAUCAGACCAUCCUAGAAGGGCUUUUAGUGAAAAGGACAGACAGCUCCCUGGAAAGAGCAAAAACUACUAAGUAUCUCGAGGAAAAAAUACAAAACAGUUAUUGUCCAAACGAUUGUCUCCUUCUGUUCCACUGUCUAAAUGAACUUAAUGAGCAUUCUGUUACAAAUGAAAUCCAAAGCUACUUGAACUCUGGAAAACUAAAUAAGAAAGGCAUGUCUAGAACACUCUGGUCAGCUCUGGUGUACAUUUUAACAACCUCAAAUGAAAAGUUUGAUGAGUUCGAACUUCAUAAUUAUGGCAGAUCAGAUGAAACCGUUCGCUGGAUGCACCCUGUGAUUAAGUUGUCUACAAAGGCCCGGUUACAUGACUGUAAUAUCACUGUGAUGGGCUGUGCAAUGCUGUCUUCCAUUCUCUCGUCUUCAUCUAAUGUGAGAGAGCUGGACUUGAGCCACAAUAACCUGGAAGACUCAGGAGUUGAGAUGCUCUGUGCCGGAGUAAAGAGAUCAUGCCACAAAGAAUGGGUGAUGAAGGAAUGGAACAUCAUUUUUCAAAAGAAAAUGUUAUCCCAGAGCUGUAAAUCAGGUGAUCAGCAUAUGCAGGAGAAUCAUGAAAAAGAUGAGUUUCAUUUGAAACAUGACACUGCUGGACUACAGGACACAGAGUGCAACCUGGAAUGUCUUAAGAUAAAGAGCUGUGGAGUAACCGAGGCAGGUUGUGUUUUCCUUAGCUCAGCUCUGAAUUCAAACCCUUUACAUCUGAGAGAGUUGGACCUGAGCUGGAAUAACUUAGGAGACUCUGGAGUUCAACAUCUUUCUACUGUUAUGGAGAAAGCUCAUUGUGCCCUGGAAAUUCUGAAGUUGGAGAAGUGUGGAAUGACAGAGAAAAGUUGUGCUGCUCUUGCCUCAGCUCUCGGCUCAAAGACCUCCAGUCUGACCGAACUUGAUCUGAGCAUUAAUGAUCUGCGAGAUUCAGGAGUGAAGCUGCUCUGUACUGGACUGAAAAAUCCUCACUGUAAACUAGAGAAACUUGGGUUGUCCAAAUGUAGUGUCACAAAGGAAGGUGUAUCAGACCUGGCUGAAGCUCUGAAAUUAAACCCCUCUCACCUGACAGAGCUCAAUCUGCUGGAAAAUCAUCUAGAAGAAUCAGACAUUAAACUGCUCUCUGUGAUACAGGAAGAGUCAUUGUACAAUCAGAGGAAACAGCAGUAACAGAAACAUGUAUAAAUAGCUGCAGAUCAGGGCCAAGCUCUGUUGGCAUUCACUAAGCACAAUGCAAAGAGCUCCGGUUCAACAGAGGCACAACAUUAAGACUAGUUGAAGCUGGGUUCGAAAUGGGGUUCAUCCAGUCUUUUGAACUGAAGUGACUAUUGACACAAUUGACAAGUCUAAAUGGUGUUAAAGAGACAUUUUAAGUUGAGAGUAAAAAACAAUUGCAGAGAAAAUGUUGAUACAGUGGCAGCACAGACACCAAAGAAUGUCAAUGAGCUGGAAUCUUUUGCUAAUGAGAAAUGUGUAAAAAUUCUAAUAGAGAGGUGUCCGAAGCUUGAGAACACUUACCUGAAACAUUUAUUUGCUGUUAUUAAGGAUAAAGGAUGCUCCACAAAUGAUUGACUUUGGGGGUUAAAUAUUUUUGACAUGACGUUUGUGGAGAGAAUUAGUUAUUUUUUAUUUUAAAAUUUGUGUAAACUGAACUCUUUGUUCUCAGAAUCACUCAAAUGUGUAUUAAAAACCUACUUUGACUGUUUACUGAGGUUUUAGUUGAUGUGUUUUAAUUCACAUCACCAGAAUCUAUUGCUGGUCAGGGGGAUUGAAUAAUUUUGAUUGCAACUGUAUGUCUUUUUUAUAAUGCCAUCUCAUGCUAAUAAUUAUGCAAUAUUCCAUUAACAUUCACUGUUAGCAGAAAUUUGCAUUUCAAAUCUGCAGUCUCUCUCUUCCGGUUAAAAAGCAAAAUUAAUGAGUCACAAAGGUGCUAUAAAAUUUUCUAAUCAAAUGCAUUCUAGAACAAAAAUGCACCCUCCCCCUACAUCUGAUCAGCAUGCCUGUUUGAAGUUCUAAAGUACCGUUAUUACCUUUCAGCCCUCUGAAGAUCUCACAGUGGAGAGUAGCCUUGUCACCAGAUAUUGUACGGGAGCUGGAUGCGAGGAAAGUGGCUGAAGUUAAUUCAUUUUUUGUUUUUUGUUUUUUUAAUUCAGGCAUUUUAUCUGUGGUUUCUUGGGAUGUAUAGCAUGAGUAAGUGUUCUGUAUUCUUUAUAUUUAGUAUAUAUUGUGAUUCAAAACAUUGAUAUAUUGUGAUUUUUUACUUGCUUGUUUCUCACUCAUCAGCAUUUGACCUGCACAACGGCUUCAGUCUCAUUCUAAGCAAAGGCUGUGAUGUGCUGUGUGCAUUUGUGGGCUGGUUAUGUAGCAAUGUGGUCAGUUAUAUCAUCAUUUGGUUCUCAAGUCAGUUUAAAAGCGUUCAGACUCUGUACAGAGAUCGCUUCUUAGCCACCUAACACCAUUCCACCUACUGUGGCACGAGAAGCAGCACGGUGGAAAAGGGGAAUGUGUGUGGCUUUGCCAGGCUGUGAUGUAAACUUAAGUCUAUUUGUAAUUUUUAAUAAAGUGUUGAAACACACCAAAGAAAACAGCGCUCAUCAAGGCAUUUCAAAGGGACCGUCAUGCUAAACAGCACCACCAAUGGCCGCAGAAUUACAUUCAAAUGAAGUACUGGAGGAAACAUUAUUCUGCAAAACAUAAAAUAUAACAAAAAUCAACAAACAAUGACUAAAACCUAUUUUUAUUCAUGUAUUCUGGGGAAAAGAAAGUGUCACCUUAUUGGCCACAGAUCUUUGCUAGCACAGCUAUCACAAAAGGUAUGACAAGUAUUCAUUUAGACCUACCUAUAUCUUGAUCUUUAAUGAAUCUUAUAGAAGGCUGAUGUCAUCUGCGUAGGUCGGAUGUAUUAUAUAAAUAGUCUGUCCUUAUUUUUGUUUUACUAAUUCAUUUUGCAUAGUGUGCCACAUGUUGCAAGUUCUCAUUUGUGAAAACGGUGGUCCAAAUCAGUUUGGGCAUUCAUCAUGAGAAUAUGUGCUUGAGAUUUUAUUGUUUAGAAGACAUUAGAUGUUCAAAGACACUGCAGUAAAUAAAUUGUAUUACAAUUUAAAUAUGUGGAACUUUAUACAAUGGGAAUUUUCUAAAUAGAGCUAAAUGGUAUUUUGAGGUGCAAUUUAAUUCUUGUGUGGGUUAGGCCUAUAUAAAUAGGCUAUGUAUUUAGUAUGUCUGUAUUCUGCAUUAGUAGUAUUAGUGCACUUAAACCAAAGUGGCUUCCCUUUCAAGAAACGCUAGUGGACCAUAGAGCUGACUAUCGUCUUGCUGGUGGUCUGCCAACAGAGGCAAGCCACUGGUGGCGCACCACCCAAAAAACAAUGGCAGACCGACAGC